CACUAGAUGGCAGCAGUUCCUCAUCCUGUGAUAUUAGUAACCGUGUUUGUCUAGAGAUAUCUACUAAUAUGAAGCUUCAUUAAAUAUACUGUGAUAAUUGUUCUCGUCUAUUUACGAGCUGUUUGAAUAUAUUAUAAAUACCGACAAUAGGACACUGGAGUGAACCCGCAGGCGCGUGAGAUGAAAUGACAACGUCAACACUGCAGAAAGCAAUUGAGUUGGUCACUAAAGCGACAGAGGAGGACAAAGCCAAGAACUAUGAGGAGGCGCUGAGACUCUAUCAGCAUGCUGUGGAGUACUUCCUGCAUGCUAUCAAGUAUGAAGCACACAGUGAUAAGGCGAAGGAAAGCAUACGUGGGAAAUGUGUGCAGUAUCUGGACAGAGCUGAGAAACUGAAGGACUACCUGAAGAACAAGGACAAACAGGGCAAGAAACCAGUGAAGGAAACACAGAGCAAUGACAAAAGUGACAGUGACAGUGAGGGUGAAAAUCCAGAGAAGAAGAAACUGCAGGAGCAUCUGAUGGGUGCGAUUGUGAUGGAAAAACCCAACGUCAGUUGGAGUGAUGUUGCCGGGCUGGAGGGAGCAAAAGAAGCACUGAAAGAGGCUGUUAUUCUGCCCAUCAAAUUCCCACACCUGUUCACAGGCAAGCGUACUCCAUGGAGGGGCAUUCUUCUGUUUGGCCCUCCAGGCACAGGAAAGUCUUACCUGGCCAAAGCUGUGGCCACCGAAGCCAAUAACUCCACCUUCUUCUCUGUGUCGUCCUCUGACCUCGUGUCCAAGUGGCUGGGCGAGAGUGAGAAACUGGUGAAGAAUCUGUUUGAUCUGGCCCGUCAGCACAAGCCAUCUAUCAUCUUCAUCGAUGAGGUGGAUUCACUCUGUGGAUCCAGAAAUGAGAAUGAAAGUGAAGCUGCUCGGAGGAUCAAGACUGAGUUCCUGGUACAGAUGCAGGGUGUUGGUAAUAAUAAUGAUGGGGUAUUAGUUCUGGGUGCUACUAACAUUCCCUGGGUACUCGAUGCUGCUAUACGUAGAAGGUUUGAGAAGCGCAUCUACAUCCCGCUACCAGAGGAGCAGGCACGAGCAACCAUGUUCCGCUUACAUCUGGGUAACACGCCUCACAGCCUAAUGGAGUCAGACCUGCGUCAACUUGCCCGCAAGACAGACGGGUAUUCAGGUGCUGACAUCAGCAUCAUAGUACGAGAUGCACUCAUGCAGCCUGUCAGGAAAGUGCAGUCCGCAACACAUUUCAAGAAGGUCCGAGGACAGUCUCGCAGUAAUAGUUCAUUGAUGGUGGAUGACCUCCUGACCCCGUGUUCUCCUGGUGACCCUGAUGCCAUAGAGAUGACGUGGAUGGAUGUUCCUGGAGACAAACUAUUGGAGCCCAUAGUGUGCAUGUCUGAUAUGCUGCGCUCUCUGGCGACCACACGCCCCACCGUCAAUACGGAAGACCUGCUGAAGGUGAAGAAGUUCACAGAGGACUUUGGACAGGAGGGUUGAACCUGCACACACAUUUUCACUCCAAAUAUCCAUCCAUAUGUAGUUGUCCCACUCAAGCAGGACUAUCUGUAGUAAACUAACCCGCAGCGGUGAGCUCGAUGAGCAUGCUAUCUCAUCUAACGUCUCUAAUCACCCCACAAUACAGAACAUCACAUUUCAGUUUCUUGUUAAUUGUUUGGAAAGACAACAGUGCUUUAGAGAACCUAAACAAAUAAAGCUUGCUGUGAAUGGUUUUAUGUUUACAUUUACGUGAUCAGAAUUAUUGAAAGUGUUUAUGAUACUGUUUUGUCUGUUUACCCCUGUAUCCACACUGACUGAUGAUCAGCAGAAUUACAGCUCUCUGAUCAGUAUUUAUUUUAAUUUAUUCUUAAUGAGUUUGGAUGGUUAGGGUUUUGUGAAGAUAUGUCCUGCAAAUGACAGAUAAUUUUGACUUGUGCUGUAUCAGUUUCAGUUGUGUUCAGCUCAGUAUUCCUGUAUGAACUUCAGUGGUCUAGGUGAAUCUCACAAAAACAUUUCCAGGCCACAUUUAACCCCAAUAUCAAUAUCAACAUGUUUAGAACCUUCAAGAUUUCUGGCACUGUGACCUUAUUUUCAUGACAGCUAAUGAUAUAUUGAAAAGUAUGUUUUGUUUUAUGGUAAUAAAAAUGUAAUUUUACCCCUACAUUUUCAUUCCUACAUUAUAGAAAUGAGAAAAAUGUUGUGUAAGAUUUUUUCCCCUGCAUUACAACAAUGUGAUUUUUUUUUGGGUUAUAGUUAGUAGUAUACACUUUAAUUUAUAGUAUACAUUUUACAAUGCAUCAAUGGUACUAAAAACAGGCUUCAUUUUCAAAAUGUAAAAUACUAUGAAUUUAUUUUUUCUUGUGGACAUUUCUUAAAUUGCAUUUCUGAGUUUUUCUUGACAGUUUUUGUGAGAUUCACUAAUCUACAUUUUAAAAUUCCUGAUAAAGCAUGUGUGUUAAAUGCAGCACAGCAUGGUUUGUCUCUUUUAUUAAAUUGAACUGUAAUUCUAGAAGUGAAGCUACAGUGUGACUGCUCAUAAAGACCAUUAGCUGUCAUUCCUUCUGGAUGAUACCACAUUGAGCUGAACUGACAAAACAAACAUGACUUAUGAAUGUGUCUGUGUUUUUAACAGCUGUGUUUGCUUUAAAUAUACAAAUAUGUUUUUCAAAUUAUAUCUCUGCAUACUACAUAUGUUCAUGUAUCAGAGUUAAAAAAUAGUCCAUUCAUGACACAUACAAGUACACUGAAUAAUAUAGAUAUAAAUUCAGGACCACAGACUUGUAAGUUAAAGUUCUCAUCUUGAUUUUGUCUAAAAGACCAUUUUCAAUUCGAAUUCAUGGCACAUUUAGAGUUGUUCAGAGCUGUGGUUCUCAAACUGUGGUAUGUUACAUGACUAUAUAUUUUAAAUGGUAAAUGUUUCAUAUUUUCUUAGUUAUUUUAGUAGUAAUUAAUUUCUGAUCUGUUUAGAAUUUUAAUAUGAACUCACCGGCCACUUUAUUUAGCACACCUGUACCUCUACUUAUUCAUGCGAUUAUCUCAUCAGCCAAUCGUGUGGCAGCAGCAUAAUGUAUAAAAUCAUGCAGAUAUGGGCCAGGAGCUUCAGUUAAUUUUCACAUCAACCAUCAGAAUGGGUAAGAAAUGUGAUCUCAGUGAUAUGGACCGUGGCAUGAUUGUUGGUGUCAGAUGGGCUGGUGUGAGUAACUGCUGAUCUCCUGGGACACACAAAACAGUCCCUACAUUGUAAAUAGAAUGGUGUGAAAAACAAAAAACCUCCAGUGAGAGGCAGUUUUGUUGAAGAAAAUCUCUCUUGAACAGAGAUCAGAGAAGAAUGGCCAGACUGCUCCUAGCUGUCUUAAAAUUUGGAUACUCUUGAUUGUGUGUUUAUAUCUCACAACUGCAGUUGCAAGAUACACUGUAAAUACUAAUAGUUAUCUCAAAUAAAUAAAAUGUGACAAAAC